AUGGCGCAACCUAGCAGCUCUCAUCAACGCAUCAAAGAUGAAAGCGAUGAGGAACGCUUGCCUGUGAAAACGUUCAGUUGGCUCACAAAUUACAAUCACGUAAUGCAGAAGCUGAAAUCAUCUCACCGGAACAAUGAGCAUGUUAAUAGAAUUCUGAGAGGCCUGAAGGACAGCUUCGUAGCAAAGGUCUCACAAACAAAUGCUCGCAAAGAAGUCCACCAGACAUUUCGCAGCAAUCGCAGCAAUGUCAAAGAAGGUCGAGGUGGUCCUGCCAUGAAGUUUGAUGGCAGGGUACCUACAGAAAGAAGGUGGGUUCCAGAUGGCAUGGUGCGAGUCUACAGCGUGGCGGCUUUGCCAAUUGGGCUGUCUGCGAUACUCAAAGCGAAGGGAAACAUUGUACCUGAUCAGCAUGAGCUCCUGCGACUGCAGGAUCAUGGCUUGGGUGUCAUCGACUUGGUCGGUGGGUUCUUCUUCGGCAAUACGUGGGGGCCUGCAUCAAUGCACGUCUUCCUGCGUGGGUUGCUACCUAAGCUUUUCUCCCAUUUUGCGAAGAGUGAUCCCUGGGUGAUGUCCAUCAACAAGGAAGAUGACGAGGAGAUAAGAACGCACCAGUUACCAUAUGUGUUGCUGUCUCGAAGUGGCAAGACCAAGUUCCAGGCUAUCAAGGCCGAGCAUCCAGAUGGCCCCCACUAUUUGCUGAUAAAGAGCCGAAGUGGUGCCGGUUGGAAGGAAUCGCAGAUCUUCAUUGCACCUCGUCAAGCGAUAGACGAGAACGUGUACGAACU